AUAAUCCAAUUACUCUCUGUCUCCAUCUUCGUUGUUAUUUAGGUAUCCGUUAUCCUUGUUUUGCGAUAUACAAUCAGGAAAUCUCUUUUCCUAAGAAACAAACAAUGGCUACUCUAAUCACCUCCCAAGCCGUUCUCGUCCGUACUCUCCUCCCACCGCCAAACCUCAAACCCUCCUUCCAUUCCCCUCGCCGCCAUCUCCUCUCUUUCCACAACCCCACCCCAAACCCCAACUCUCUCCGCCUCCCAACCAAACGCAACCCUACCCUUGUUGUCGCUUCCGCUUCCUCUGCGUUCCCCACUCUUCCCCCCAAAACCCCACAGCUCCCUUCUCAGUCCCCGCUCACCCAAACCCUCACCACCAUCGCAGCCAUAGCCUUAUCCUUUUCGACCCUUUUCAAUAAGCUCUUCGAAAAAUUUGCUCCCAAAAUCACCGAACAAGCCGUUCUGCAGGGGAACUUACUCCGCACUGUCGGGCCGCUUUUCUUCGCGGCUCUAAAGGGCCGUCCGACUGGGUACCUGAACACGCCGCUGACGGUGGUGGCCGCGGGAUUGGCCAAGUGGCUCGACAUCUACAGCGGGGUUUUGAUGGUUAGGGUUUUGCUCAGCUGGUUCCCUAACAUUCCCUGGGAACGUCAGCCCUUAUCGGCGAUUCGGGACCUCUGCGAUCCUUAUUUGAACCUCUUCCGGAAUAUAAUCCCACCCAUCUUUGAUACGUUGGACGUGAGCCCGCUUUUGGCUUUCGCGGUGUUGGGCACUCUUGGGUCCAUACUUAAUAGCGCUAGGCACGUAUACUGAAGAAGAGAGGAUUGCUGGGGUUCCUUGGUUCAUGAUAGGGGAAAAGUGCUUGUAAAAGGAUUUAAGUUUUCAGAUGAAUUUCAAAUCCUUAUGGGUCGCAGGAAUAUCUACCAUAUCAAUCUACCAGCAAUAUCUCAAACCUAUUCUUCAGAGUGUUCUUUUUCAUUUGUCAGUCUCUCUUCUGAGAGUAGGCACUCCAUGCAAAGAGUUUUUCAUGGGGAAAAAAAUGAGAUCAGACUUCUCCCCAUGUGAAUGGUUUCGGCUUUUAUUAUUAAUAGUUAUUAUUAAAUUUACAGUAAUAAUACAUUAGACUAAUUA